ACCUGUGCGACUCUCCUCCAUUCGAAGAAUAGCUAGGAUAGCUAAGGAUUGGAACGAUGGAGAGAUUGGAAGCAAAGGAAGUCCCAGCAUGCCCCAAAUACACCCUCUUCGCCUUCAACCUCAUCGCCCUGAUCGGAGGCUUGACCCUGACGGUCGUGGGGAUAGUGGGAGUGGCAGACGAUGACUAUUUCAUAGGCGAGAAAUUCGCCGAUCAUAAAAUUUUCAGGGCUGGAGCCAUCCUCGUCAUCGCCGUCGGUUCAUUCACCACCUUUUUCUCUUGCCUCGGAUGUUUGGGGGCCAUCAGGGAAUCCUCGUGUCUCCUCAUGACCUACGCCGCGCUGACGACUCUCGCCCUCAUCGGGGUCGGGUCCGUCGCGAUUCUGGGAUUCGUCUUCAAAGCGAACAUCGCCGAUCUCAUGAGGGAAGCCCUCGACGAAAAGAUGUACGAUUACAAUCCGAUCGACCCCGCAGACCCCAACACCAUCGCCUGGGAUAAGAUUCAGCAAGCCUGUGCAAAGAACAUCCAAUGCAAAUUGUAUGAAACGGGAUGCAUGGAAAUCGUCUACAAACUGGAAGGGCAUGCGGAGAUUCUGGCCAUCGUCGCCCUCGUCUUCGCCAUCCUCAUGGUUUCUCACAAUUCCUUCCAUUCCUCCUUGAGUUUUCAUCUGUCUGGUCAUGAUCUGGCCGUGUUGCAAGUAAUCGGUCGAUAUCGUCCUCUCUGCAGGUUCUGGGCGUGA